AACGAGAUAGCGUAAAUUUAGUAAGGCAACAGGGAUGGAAAUUGGCAACAAAAAAAAAAUUAUUAUUCCAAAACAGAAAUCAUAUCAUUUGAUACCAGAAACCAUUCAACUCCAACUGACCAUCAUCCAAUCCCUGAAUUGUUAUUUAUAACAGUUGUUGUUUGUUUGUUUGUUUGUAUUUAUUCAUUUCAUUUUUGGUGUUCAACCAUAUCACAUUCUUUUUGUUUCUUCAUUAGAUUGUGUAGUCAGCUACUGCUAUACAAUAUUAAACUACCCAGUCAGAUUGAUUAGAUUAGAUUGAAAAAUUAUAUCAUCAUCAUCAUCAUGAAUACUACUAGUUCCUUCACAUUGGAUCAAAUCCAAUUUGAUUUGCCCACCAUCAUUAAUACCACCAAAUCAAUCUAUCAAAAUAUAAGUUGGUUACAAGUUAUAAUCAGUUUAGUGGUGAUUAUUUUAACUUAUGAUCAACUUAUGUAUCAGAUUAGAAAAGGUUCCAUUGCUGGUCCUGCUUUCAAAGUAUGGCCCAUCAUUGGUCCAUUUUUAGAAUCCCUUGAUCCAAAAUUCGAAGAAUAUAAAUCAAAAUGGGAUAGUGGUGAUUUAUCUUGUGUAUCAAUUUUUCAUAAAUUUGUCGUUAUUGCUUCAUCUCGUGAUUUAGCUAGAAAAAUUUUAGGUUCACCAAAAUAUGUUAAACCUUGUGUGGUUGAUGUUGCUAUUAAAAUCCUUAGACCAACAAAUUGGGUAUUUUUAGAUGGUAAAGCUCAUACUGAUUAUAGAAGAGGUUUAAAUGGUUUAUUCAGUCAAAAAGCUUUGGAAAUUUAUAUCCCAGUUCAAGAAAAAUAUAUGGAUAUUUAUUUAAAAAAAUUUGUUAAUUAUGAUUCUCCAAGACAAUUUUUCCCUGAAUUUAGAGAAUUAUUAUGUGCUUUAAGUUUAAGAACAUUUUGUGGUGAUUAUAUUACUGAAGAACAAAUUAGUCUUAUUGCUGAUAAUUAUUAUAGAAUUACAGCUGCUUUAGAAUUAGUUAAUUUCCCCAUUAUUCUUCCUUAUACAAAAACUUGGUAUGGUAAAAAAAUUGCUGAUGAAACUAUGAAAAUCUUUGAAGAUUGUGCUGCUAUGUCUAAAGUUGAAAUUAAUGAUAAAGAUUCAAAACCAGCUUGUGUUAUGGAUGAAUGGAUUUACCUUAUGAAACAAGCUAGAGAAGGUCAUGAUGAAACUAAUCCUGAUUCAAAAUUAUUAGUUCGUGAAUUUACUAAUCGUGAAAUUAGUGAAGCUAUCUUUACAUUUUUAUUUGCUAGUCAAGAUGCUUCAUCAUCUUUAGCUUGUUGGUUAUUUCAAAUUGUAAGUGAUCGUCCUGAUGUGGUUAAGAAAAUCAGAGAAGAACAAUUAAGAGUUAGAAAUAAUGAUCCAUCUGUUCCAUUAGAUUUAAAUUUAAUUAAUGAAAUGACUUAUACUAAUAAUGUUGUCAAAGAAUCUCUUAGAUAUAGACCUCCAGUCCUUAUGGUUCCUUAUGUGGUUAAACAAAGUUUCCCAGUUACUGAUACUUAUACUGCUCCAAAAGGAUCCAUGAUAAUUCCAACUUUAUAUCCUGCAUUACAUGAUCCAGAAGUUUAUCCUCAACCUGAUGAAUUUAUUCCUGAAAGAUGGGAAAAUGCUACUGGAGAUAUGUAUAAACGUAAUUGGUUAGUGUUUGGUACUGGUCCUCAUGUAUGUUUAGGUAAGAACUAUGUGUUGAUGUUGUUUACUGGUAUGUUGGGUAAAUUCGUUAUGAAUGCUGAUUUAAUUCAUCAUAAAACUGAUUUAUCAGAAGAAAUUAAAGUAUUUGCAACUAUUUUCCCUAAAGAUGAUUUAAUCUUAGAAUGGAAAUCAAGAGAUCCAACUGUUUUAUAAGUAAGAAGUAGAAGAAGAAGAAAGUAAACGAAUUCGUAAGGAGAAAUUCAAAAAAAGUUUUUAUUUCAAUUCAAAGUUAAUUCAUAAUCAUGCAUAAACAUUUAAUUCCAUUUAGUUUCCUUUUUUUUUAAUAUUCAUUGUUUAAUAAUAUGCCUCUAUUUCCUAUGUCUCUCUCUCAUCUCAUCCUUUUUUAAGUUUAUAUAUAGAAUUCUUAAUAUAAU